AUGGAAGAAUACACACUCUGCUCCUCAAGUACCGAGCAAGGCGAAAUACCAGUCAUUCACAUCAAAAGAUUCAAGGAGGCCCCUCCAUUGUUUCCAAGAAACAAGUCUCAGCUGCAGUAUAUGUAUCUCCCAAACAAGUCCCUAUUUAUCGGGCCAAACACCAUUCCAAGGUCUAGUGAUUAUCAAGUAAAUGUCCUUACAACCAAGCUUAAAAAGAGACUCAAGCAUGAUCUUUCUCAUCCGUUUCUGUGUCUUUCGAUGAAUUCCGAUAGAUCAUUCUUUGAAGGGAGGUUUACCUUUGUCUCCACGGUCCAAAUCCCAGAAAGUGUUGAAGAGAUGUGUUUUGUCAAAGGUAAGGAGAGGAUAGUUCAUGUCAAAGAAAAAACAGAUGUAAAUACAGACGUGAGAAAAGAAAUAAAAUUCGACCACAUAAAGGACAAACAGAACGAUUCAUACAAAGAUGUCUGCCAGGACUUUUUGCUUGGAAAGUUACUUGAAGGCAUUGGGGACAAAAAGAUAAAUAUCAUCAUUAGAGACUCCACCAUCAAUAAUAUUCUGUCAAAAGAAGCAUAUAUACACUUUUAUGUAAAGAAGAAGGAUGAAAAACUGUACAUUGUUUUUGACGAAGUUUACACUAGAGAAGUCAAGUAUUACGACUAUCUCUCGAAGUAUGGGGAGGAGGUUGUUCGAUCUCUGAAAUCUUCGGAAACCCGUAUGUAUUCCAGUUCGGAAGCAGUGGUUGUUGUGUAUUCAUCAACUCUCUUCUACGAUUCCUCUGGGCUUCAUAGACUGUUUAGUGGAAUUGACGUCGAAAAGUCCAUCGACAUGGUGGUAAAUAUUGAAGAUGUAAGAGCUGUAAAAAGCUCAGGAUCCUUAGGAGACGAGCUGAAGGUGCUUUUUGGAAUUAAGUUUGAGGAGGGAGAAUAUGUCCUUAAUGAUAAGAAGAUAUAUGUGUUGGAGCCAAGCGGGGAAAAGUUUAAAUUCAAUGGAGUUGUGUUUACUGAUUUUAUGGACUCCCAGGAGCCUAUAAGCGAUUAA